UAGUCAAGUUAGAGGCGAUGAGGUCGAACAAAACCACUCACGUCUCACAAACCCAAGUGAGAAUGGCGGAGAGGUUCAAGUGUGAAGAGCUGGGAAGGAAGUCAAAGAUGUCAGCGGUCAUUGUGGUGCACGGCGGGGCGUGGGCCAUUCCAGACCACCUGGCCGAGGCCUCUGUCGAUGGAGUCAAGGCUGCAGCAUGUCAGGGCUUUUCUCUGCUGAAAAGUGGGGGAACUGCAGUGGAGGCUGUGGAAGCAGCUGUGAGAGCGCUGGAAGACAACACUGCGUUCAAUGCAGGACACGGAGCCGCACUAAACACUGACGGAGAAGUGGAGCUGGAUGCCAUCAUCAUGGAUGGGAAGACACUGGCCUGUGGUGCUGUGUCUUGUGUGAAAAACAUUGCCAACCCGGUGUCACUGGCACGAGCGGUGAUGGAGAAGACCGCCCACGUCAUUUUGACAGGCAGAGGUGCGGACAUGUUUGCAGAGAGCAUCGGUGUGGCCACAGUCCCCACCGAGACUCUGGUGACGGAGUACAAGAGGAGCAAGUGGGAGAAACAGAAGAAUUAUGCCACUGGAGUGAUGGAGGAUUUUAACUCUCAGUGGUCCCAUGAUACAGUUGGGGCAGUUGCUGUGGAUGGUGCUGGUAAUGUCGCAUGUGCAACAUCAACUGGAGGGAUCAGGAAUAAAAUGGUUGGCAGAGUAGGAGACGCUCCGAUUAUUGGCUCUGGAGGAUAUGCAGACAACUGCAGUGGUGCAGUGUCUUGUACCGGUCAUGGAGAGUCCAUUCUUAAAGUCACAUUGGCCAGACUCAUUCUUUCACAUAUUGAACAAGGUAAAUCAGUGGCAGACGCCUCACAGUUGUCUCUGAGGUACAUGGGCGAGCGUGUUCGAGGUGCGGGGGGUGCGAUUGCCGUUUCUCCAUCAGGCCAGUGGGCAGCCACGUUCACCACAGAGCGAAUGGCUUGGGCAGCAGUGGAAGAGGAUGUUCUGUGGUUUGGCUUAGACCCAGAUAAAAGAUUAAAAGAGCAUUUUUCCAAAUAACAAUUUUAGGUUCUUUGUCCUCAUUAGUUGUAUUGAGAAAAAUAAGAGGAACAGUAUUUUAAUUGUGUUUUACUAAUUUGCCAUGCUGAACCUUUCUCUACUGUUGUCUGUAGCCAAAAGUAAUCAACAGUGUUUUCUUGUCAGAUCUAUAUACUCUACAUAUGUUGAAUGAAUUUAACACCUUAUAAAUAUUACAGUGCAUAAGUCUGGAGACCUCUCAGUCAGUGGAGCAACGAGUCCAUACAUUAGGAUAGUUUUUUCUUAUUGCAUACCACAUAUGCAAAUAUAGGAUGUGUUUAUUUUACUAAAGUUUCUGUAACAGUAGUAUUUUUUUCCCCAUUUUAUCUGAAGAAGUGGACUCAUUUUUGAAACACUAUUAAAAGGUGCAUUUUAUUGAUUGUCAGUUGAUACAAGUCCUGGAUGUCUGGUAAAUAUGUCAGAGUUUUGUUUCACCUAUUGACACCUGGCAUUAUUGUGACUUGGGUGGGUGGACAGGUCCAACCUGAGAUGGGACCUCACUCUCCUGCUCUUUAUGCAAAUAAACACGUACACUAUUUAGGUUUACAAAGAA